GAAGCUAGUGGUAGUUGUUUUAGCUGCGGAAAUAGGUGGUACGAAAGUCACACAGUUUAAAACAUGUCUAAAGUAGAAAUACUGAGAGUUUUGGUGAACCAGCGUUUAACGGCUGCUGUAGGAGAGGUAUUUGAACUGUUUGAAAGAACCAUAGCAGACUAUGAAGAGGAACUUUCUUGUUCAAAGCGGGAGAAUGAGCGACAACGCAAACUACUGGAUGCUGUUUUGAAGCCUGAAGUUCGGUUACACAGAACAGAUGUUCAGCAGGACCCAGAACACCCACACAUUAAAGAGGAACAGGAGGAACUUUGGAAGAGUCAAGAUGGAUCUGUCCCUGUGAAGAGUGAAGAUGAUGAAAAGAAAGCUCAGUCCUCACAGCUUUGUCAAACACAAGCAGAAGAGAACAGAGAGGCAGAACCUCCAGCCAGCAGCUCAGCUCAACAGAUGGAAAGAGACACUGAUGGAGGGGACUAUGGAGGAUCAGGACCAGCCAGGAACUUAGAUCCAGAUAUAUAUUUACAACCAGAUAGUGAUGAUGAGACAGUGAACUCAAAACAGACCCAGACAGGUGUGUCUGUCAGUCAAGCAGCUAGUGAUGACAGGAUGUCAGACUCUUCUGAGCCAGAGACUGAAAACAGUGAUGAUGACUGGAAAGAGACAAGGGGAUGUCAGUCAAAUUUAAUAACACUGAAAAACAGAAGUGUUCCUGUAGGUGAUCAAGAAUGUAACACUGGCAAGAGGUUUCUGAGCUGCUCCAAGUGUGGUAAAACAUUUGACCCCAAGGACUGUUUGCAGAGCCACAUGAAAGGUCCUUCAGGAAAAAAAACAUAUGUUUGCUCAGUUUGUGUUAAAAGAUCCACACAGAGUGUGCAUUUAGUCACACAUAAUAGAACUUGUUCAGGAGAAAAAGCUUUUGGCUGUUCAGUCUGUAAGAAAAGAUUUAGCUAUAAAGGAGAUGCUGUGAGACAUAUGAGAACUCACACAGGGGAGAAACCCUUCAGCUGCUCAGUUUGUGGUAAAAGAUUCUCUCAGAGUACAGGUUUGGGUUCACACAUGAGAACACACACAGGAGAGAAACCUUAUGGCUGCUCAGUCUGUCAUCAGCGGUUCAUCCGGAGUGGAAUUUUAGCCAGGCAUAUGAGAGUUCAUACAGGAGAAAAGCCUUAUAGCUGUUCACUGUGUAACACAACUUUUAGUCUGAGUCAGUCGCUGUUAAAACACAUGAGGAUCCAUACAGGAGAGAAACCCUUCAGAUGCUCAAUAUGUGAUAAAAAAUUUACACAAAAGGGACAUCUGACACAACACAUGACACUCCACACAGGAGAGAGGUCGUUCAGUUGCAGUGUUUGUGGCAAAAAAUUCACUAGACAGUCUCGUGUGAAAAAACAUAAGUGUGUUAGCGAGGACAGCAACAGUAAGCACCAUCAAAAAGCACCCAAGAAUGGAUGAGAAGAAAACUGACCAUUCUGAAGUAGCCUGCUAUGAAUCCUGAUCUGAAUCCCAUUGAACAUCUGUGGAAAGAGCUGAAACUUGCAGUUGGGAGACAGCACCCAUCAAACC